AUGAGUCCAAUGAUUGCACAACUUCUAAUUUAUACUGGGAAUUUAUUGUUGGCCAUUAUUUUGAUUGUUAUUCUACACUUUGAUAUUCCUGAGCAACAAAGUGCUCUUGUCAAAGUCUUCAAGAAUCUUCCAAAUCUACCUGAUAUAUUCUAUCAGUUAAAAUCACCAUUUGUUUUAUCCAUCAAUAAAGUAGCUACAACUUUAAAACUUGCGACUGUCGGAAUUAUUCUGAUCGCACAAUUUUUCAUAUUCUUCGCCGUCACAUUUUAUGAGCUAUUCAUGAUCACAAAUAGUUCAAUGAGUAAUGCUACAAAAAAGUUUCAGAGAGCAUUGUUUCUCGAUGUUUCAAUACAAAGUCUUGUUCCAAUUCUUUGUAUGAUUGUUCCAUUUUUCUAUUUUGAAAUUGCAGGAAUUUAUAAUUAUUUCAAUCAAGGAAUCAAUAAUAUUGCAUUUUUGCUGAUCAGUUCACAUGGGAUGAUAAGUGUUAUAACAAUGUUGUUAAUUCACAAACCAUUUCGACAAUUUAUAUUUUGUCAAAAUUCAAAAAAAUCCGAAAAGCGUCGAAAAAGUGAAGGUGGAAUCGUAUCGUUAGCUUGGAUGGAAAGAAGAAGCACUAUGUAA